UGCCUGCCCGACAUCUACGCCCUGCUCAGCCACUGGAGCUCCGCCAGCCACCAGGACGCCCUGGGGCUGCUGCACGCCACGUUCCCGGACCAGGAGGUGAGGAGGACGGCCGUGCGGUGGAUCGACUCCAUCUCGGACGCGGAGCUGCUGGAUUACCUGCCCCAGCUGGUCCAGGCCCUCAAGUACGAGUGCUACCUGGACAGUCCCCUGGUGCGCUUCCUGAUGAAGAGAGCCAUCUGUGACCUCAAGAUCACACACUACUUCUUCUGGCUGCUGAAGGACGGCCUCAAGGACUCGCAGUUCAGCAUCCGGUACCAGUACCUGCUGGCCGCGCUGCUGUGCUGCUGCGGGAAGGGGCUGCGCGAGGAGUUCGACCGGCAGUGCCUGCUGGUCAGCACGCUGGCCAGGCUGGCGCAGCAGGUGCGGGACGCCGCCCCGUCCGCCCGCCAGGGAAUCCUGCGCGAGGGGCUGGAGGACGUGGCGCAGUUCUUCCAGGCCCACGGCUCGUGCCGGCUGCCGCUCAGCCCCAGCCUGCUGGUCAAGGGCAUCGUGCCCCGGGACUGCUCCUACUUCAACUCCAACGCCGUCCCGCUGAAGCUCUCCUUCCAGAACGUGGAUCCGCUCGGGGAGAACAUCCGCGUCAUCUUCAAGUGUGGCGAUGACCUGCGGCAGGACAUGCUGACGCUGCAGAUGAUCCGCAUCAUGAACAAGAUCUGGGUGCAGGAGGGGCUGGACAUGCGCAUGGUCAUCUUCCGCUGCUUCUCCACCGGCCGCGGGCGAGGCAUGGUGGAGAUGAUCCCCAACGCCGAGACCCUGCGGAAGAUCCAGGUGGAGCACGGCGUGACCGGCUCCUUCAAGGACCGGCCGCUGGCGGACUGGCUGCAGAAACACAACCCCAAGGAGGACGAGUACGAGAAGGCCGUGGAAAACUUCAUCUACUCCUGCGCCGGCUGCUGCGUGGCCACCUACGUGCUGGGCAUCUGCGACAGGCACAACGACAACAUCAUGCUCAAGACCACGGGCCACAUGUUCCACAUCGAUUUCGGCAGGUUCCUGGGCCACGCCCAGAUGUUCGGCAACAUCAAGAGGGACCGGGCGCCCUUCGUCUUCACCUCGGACAUGGCGUACGUCAUCAACGGCGGGGACAAGCCCUCCAGCCGCUUCCACGACUUCGUGGACCUGUGCUGCCAGGCCUACAACCUGAUCCGCAAGCACACCCACCUCUUCCUCAACCUGCUGGGGCUGAUGCUGUCCUGCGGCAUCCCCGAGCUCUCCGACCUGGAGGACCUCAAGUACGUCUAUGACGCGCUGAGGCCGCAGGACUCCGACGCCGACGCCACCACCUACUUCACCAGGUUGAUCGAGUCCAGCCUGGGCAGCGUGGCCACCAAGCUCAACUUCUUCAUCCACAACCUGGCGCAGAUGAAGUUCGCGGGCUCGGAGGCGCGGCCGGCGCUGUCCUUCGCCCCCCGCGCGCACAGCCUCAAAACGUCCGGCCGGAUCCGCGACGUCUUCCUGUGCCGCCACGAGAGGGUCUUCAACCCCAGCAAGGGCUACACCUACGUGGUGAAGGUGCAGCGUGACGGCGAGGUGACCUUCGUGCAGCGCACCUUCGAGGAGUUCCAGGAGCUGCACAACAAACUGCGCCUCCUCUUCCCUUCCUCGCUGCUGCCCAGCUUCCCCAGCAGGUUCGUCAUCGGGCGCUCGCGGGGCGAGGCGGCGGCCGAGCGGCGCAAGGACGAGCUCAACGGCUACGUCUGGCACCUGAUCCACGCCGCCCCCGAGGUGGCAGAGUGUGACCUCGUCUACACCUUCUUCCACCCCCUGCCCCGCGACGAGAAGGCGGCCGGAAGCAACCCGGCCCCGAAGGCGGCAGACUCCACGUGGGCUCGGUCCCUGGGCAGGGUCGGCGGGGAGGUGAAGCUCUCCAUCUCCUACAAGAACAGCAAGCUCUUCAUCAUGGUGAUGCACAUCCGAGGGCUGCCGCCCCUGCACGACGGCAACGACCCCGACCCCUACGUCAAGACCUACCUGCUGCCCGACCCGCAGAAAACCACCAAGAGGAAAACCAAAGUGGCCCGAAAAACCUGCAACCCCACCUACAACGAGAUGCUGGUGUACGACGGGAUCCCCCGCGGGGACCUGGAGCAGCGGGAGCUGCGGCUGAGCGUGCUGAGCGAGGAAGGGUUUUGGGAGAACAUCCUGCUGGGAGAGGUGGGGAUUCGCCUCCGCGACCUGGACCUGGCGCAGGAGAAGAUGGGCUGGUUCGCCCUGGGCUCCCGCGGCCACGGCACGCUGUGAGCCCCCGCGGGGACCCCCGGGCGCGGACCCCCCCCCCGGAAUUGCGCUCGCUGCCCCGGGUGGAUUCUUGGUUUUGGGGUUUUUUUGAGUUUACCUUGUGUCAAGGGAGCAACGCGGGGAGGGACGGGCGCGGCGGGGCGGU